AUGGAGAGGAUGAAGAUAUACAAGAGAGAUAUAGAGGAACUCAGAAAGAAAGUGAACGGCACUACCAUAAAAAGGGUGUUCUCGCAGUCGACGAAAUCAAGAGCGAUCUCUAUCCCAAAAAUGAAGAUUGAGACCGAUUACAAACUAAAAGAAGUCCAGAUAGCAAUAAGUGUUCCCGAAAUGUUUUCUGACACCUCUGACUUGACAGGAAUCACAAAGUCACCUCCAUUAAAGAUUUCGAGUGCUGCGCACAAAGCUCUCAUUGAGAAUUGUCAUUACGUACUUAACACUCUCAGUCAAACACAAACAAAUGAACUUAUGAAAAGUGACAGGGACGAAAGAAGCAUGUUUCUACGAGCGGAAACUGACUUCGGUCUGACGAUGCUCCGUCAGUCAUCGAUCAGUGAGUCAGUGGUCAUCUCCCCGGUAUCCGUGAUUCUCGCCUUGGCAACGAUUCAAAUCGGUGCAAAAGGUGUGACAAAGACUCAAAUCAGCAACGCGAUUUCUCAAGGAGCGAGCGAUGUAGACAUCUUCAAGUAUUACUCUAGUCUUUCGGAAAACGUGCUACAUUCAAGACAUGGAGCGAAAAUGAGAAUCGCAAACGGACUCUUCGUGGAUGGCAAGAAGUUCGUUGUAAGAAAGAAGUACGAAAAGGUUAUAAUCGAAAAAUUCGCUUCAAAAGUGAGGUCACUGCGCUUCUGGAAGAAGGAGGAAACAAACCAGAGAAUUGACGCUUUUGUGAGCCAUGGAACGGCUGGUCGGAUAAAACAUAUUAACACUUCAAGCUCUAUUAAAGAUGCGCUCUCUCUCAUGAUUAGUGCUGCCUAUUUCACUUCCAAAUGGGAACAUUCGUUUGCGAAGGGGUCAAAUACAUUUGGAGAGUUCUAUUGUGGAGAGAACAUCAAGAGAAGGGCAAGUUUAUGGAUUCAACCACCCUCCGCUUCGUUUAGAAACAGGAAAACGGAGAGUUCUCUACUAGGAGUGUUACAGGUGGAGUACAUGCACAUUUUCAAUGAGAAACGUUACUACACUGAAAACGAAAACAUGCAGUUGUUGUCCCUCCGUUACAAGGACACAAGCUACGCGCUCAAUAUCUUCCUUCCAAAGAAGAGAAACGGCUUCGAUGCACUGAGAUCACAACUGAGCGGAUCCCUUAUCCAAAGAUCGUUCUCCCAGCUCCAAUCAACCUAUAUGACGAUUUCUUUGCCAAAAAUAAAGAUCGAGACGGAAUUCAAGCUGAAAUCUGCGCUGAGAGCACUUGGUAUAAGUGAGCUGUUCUCCGACAAAUGUGAUCUUAGUGGAAUCACAAAGACAUCGCAGCUGAAGAUUUCGUCCACUGCCCACAAAGCAAUUAUUGAGGUUGCCGAAGAUGGAACAGGUGAAGGAGAGUCGAAUAGCAACUACUUGCCUGCUGUCGCACCGACGGGACCACAUCGGGCUAUAGAAUUCAUCGCCGAUCAUCCUUUCAUCUUCGUCCUAAGCAAAGAUUUGAACCCCCUUUUUAUAGGACACGCAUUUCUAAAUGCGGAAACGGAUUUCGGUUUGAAUAUGCUCCGACAAUCACCUAUCACUGAGCAGCUGGUCAUCUCACCGAUUUCUAUCAUAUUCGCUCUUGCUAUGGUUCAGGCUGGUGCACGAGGGAAGACAAGGACGCAAAUCAACCAAGUUAUUUCCAGUGGUGCAACGGAUGAAGAGAUCAUCAACUACUACUCUAGCCUUUCCAAAGACAUUCCCAUUUCCAACGAAGAAGUGGAGACAAGGAUGGCGAACGCGUUUUUUCUCAACAAGGAGUUCUCUAUCGAGAAGCAGUACGCUGAUGCCAUCAGUGGAAAUUACUCAGCAAAAAAAAUUGACAAAUUUGUGAGCGACGCGACGAUGGACAGAAUAAAAGAUAUUGUCACGGAGAGUACCGUAGAAGGCGCCGAUUCUCUUAUAAUUAAUGCCAUUUACUUCCACGGUAAAUGGCAACGCGCGUUCGACAAGGAAUAUUCCAAAAAUGGCACUUUUCACAGCUCCACAGUCAAGCAGAAGCAAAUAGAAUAUAUGAAUGGUAACAGAGUGGUUCAGUACUACGCAGAGGAUGAAGAUAUGCAAGUCUUGUCAUUACCUUAUUUCGACACAUCCUAUGCUUUCAAUAUUCUUCUUCCCAAGAAAAGAUUUGGUCUUGAGGAGCUAAGAAGGAAACUGAACGGCACUUCCAUUAAAAGGGUGUUCUCGCAGCUUAAGUUGACGAAGUUAGAAAAGAUCUCUAUCCCAAAAAUGAAGAUUGAGACCGAUUACAAACUAAAAGAAGCGUUGAUGGCGAUAGGGGUUACCGAAAUGUUCUCUCACAGUGCUGAGUUGACUGGAAUCACAAGGGCUGUAACAAGAAGUUUCAUACCUCAAACAAGUUCUAAAAUGGCAGUCUAUCAUUACUCACAAAAUCAAAGCAGUAUGUUUUGGGAUGUGGAGACCGAUUUCGGAUUGAAAAUGCUUCGUCAAUCGUCGACCCACGAGUCAUGUGUCGUUUCUCCCAUCUCUGUGAUUUUAGCUCUAGCGACGAUUCAAAUCGGUGCCAAAGGACUCACAAAAACGCAGAUCAGCAAAGCGAUAUCAAAAGGAGCAUCGGACAAGGACAUCUUCCUUUUUUACUCAAAUCUGUCCGAGCAGGUCAUGUACUCCAGAAGCGAGGCAAAAAUGAGAAUUGCAAACGGACUCUUCAUAGAUGGCCGCAGAACAGCCGGUAGAAUUAAGCAUAUGCAUAGUUCUAUAAAAGACGCACUAUCGGUCGUACUCAGCGCAGCCUACUUUACAUCUCAGUGGGAACAUUCAUUCCUUAAAGCAACAAAUUCGUUUGGAACGUUCUACCACGAAGAGUCGGUCAAGAGAAAGGUUGAAUACAUGAAUGUUUUGAACGAGAAACGCUACUACGCGGAAACCGAAGACAUGCAAGUGCUAUCACUUCGCUACAAGGACACCAGCUAUGCGCUCAAUAUCUUCCUCUCAAAGAAUAGAUUCGGUUUCGAUGCAUUACGCACGAAACUGAGCGGAUCACUCAUCCAGCACUCGCUCUCACAGCUUAAGACAACAUACAUGAAGAUAUCAAUUCCAAAGAUAAAAAUCGAAUCAGAGUUCAAACUGAAAUCUGUUCUCAAAUCAAUGGGUAUCAGUGAACUGUUCUCUGAUCACUGCGAUCUGACCGGAAUCACAAAGACGUCACAGUUGAAAAUUUCAUCCGCGGAGCACAGGGCAGUGCUCGAGGUCACUGAGGAUGGAACCAGUGAAGAAGGUGUCCAAACCUACUUCAUACCUACGCUCCCGCCAACAAUCACGGUCCAGCCUAUGUCAUUCAUCGCCGAUCAUCCGUUCAUAUUUGUUCUUACCAAGGAUCGAAAUCCUCUUUUCAUAGGACAAUAUGUGUGA